CCUCCGCCUGUGACAUCGCGGCUUCCUGCGCGUCAUGUGACUGCCGAUGAGCGGGGCCGCACCAGCCGCCUCUCCCCGCCCCGCCCGCAGGAAAACAGGAAGAAGUAGGUUAUGGGAGGCCGGUAGGUAGACGAGCAGCAGCCAGAGCAUAGCCGGUCCCCGGGUGUAUGAGUCCUCUUAACCAUGUCAGAGGACGCGUCAAGCAGCACAAACUCUCUCUAUGGGCCGCUGGACACCAGUCAUUCAGAUGAAAAGGAAAGUCUCCUAGGAGAGCACCAAAUAGAAAAUGACUAUGCUCGUAAGCCGGUGGACCACUAUAAUGGGACGUACAUGAUAUUUUUUAUACUGGGAGUAGGUUCCUCACUCCCCUGGAAUUUUAUUUGUACAGCAAAACACUAUUGGAUCUACAAGCUCAGGAACUGUUCAGAUAUCCCGAUCAUAGAGGCACCUCAUGUUUCGGAAUUGGGCGACUACUUUGAAAGUUACUUUUCCAUUGCCUCAUCGGUGCCGUCAGUGCCAUGCCUUAUUCUGAAUUUCUACCUUGUAAACAGGAUUUCGGCCCAGGCCAGAGUACUGUCAUCAUUAGUCGUCAUGCUACUCAUCUUUAUAUUCAUCACAGUGCUGGUGAAAGUAGACACCUCCUUCUGGACUCAGGAAUUCUUUGCUCUGACUUUGAUAUGUGUAGCCAUUCUAAGCGGAGCAUCAAACAUCCUGACAGCCAGCGUAUUUGGUGUAACUGGCCGCUUCCCGAUUAAGCACUCCCAGUCCUUAAUAUCAGGUCAGGCGAUGGGAGGAACAAUCAGUGCUUUGGCCGCCAUUCUGGACCUGUCCUUGGCAUCCAAUGUUACAGAUAGUGCUCUUGCUUAUUUCCUUACUGCUGAUUUCUUCCUUCUUGUAUGCAUUGUUGUGUAUCUGAUCCUUCCCAGGAUACAGUAUUCCAGCUAUUACUUGAAUAGAAAUGAAGAGGGACCAGACCUUUCUGAAGCUGAAGAUGCCGAGGAGACCGUCAUAACUUUGUCAAAGACAAACUCUCCUCCAAUAUUUCCUAUUCUGAAGAAAGUCAAAGUGCUGGCCGCCUGCUUGUUUUACACAUUUUUUAUUAGUAUCAUCAUUUUCCCGACCAUCUCUGCUGGCAUUGAGUCUGUGGAGAAGCAUUCAGGUAGUGUCUGGACCAAUAAGUAUUUCACUCCCUUGACAUGUUUCCUGGUAUAUAACUUUGCUGACUGGAGUGGACGGCAGAUCACCACAUGGAUACAGAGCCCAGGGCCCGACAGCAAGAUCCUUCCAACGCUGGUUUUCCUCCGAACCUUUUUUAUCCCCCUCUUUAUGUUCUGUAAUUACCAGCCCAGAAAACAUAUAUACCAAGUAUUCUUCCAGAGUGAUGUCUAUCCAGUCAUUUUUAUCACUCUAAUGGGAUUUAGCAAUGGUUACUUGGGGACACUCUCCAUGGUGUAUGGUCCUAAGGUGGUCCCCAAGGAUUUAAGCGAGGGCACUGCAAUAGUAAUGUCUUUCUUCCUAGGAUUGGGGUUAGCAAUAGGAUCUGCUUUCUCCUCACUCGUUCACUUAAUUUGAUGUUUAAUGGACAAGAAUUGAAUUACUUUAUUAGAGACUGUUGUUUUUAUCUAGAGAUUUUGAAAUGGGUCCAAAGGUUUUGAUCAAUGGGGUCUGAGUGCUGAGACCUCCACCAGUCAAAACUAUCUAAAAUGUUCUCAAAGUUCCUUGACAGGGCAGCAUAGUAUGGAGCUAGGUCCAUUCUCUUAGACCAAAUUGCUCAAAAAUAGUAUAAUUUGGCUUCAAGGAACUAGCACAGAAUACAGUGGACUCAUAAUUAUAGACAGUUGACUGUAUUAAUUAGGGGAGCUCUUUCCUCCACCUAUCCCUGCCUCCUCUUGUUACUGUUUCUAGUGAUUAAUGGGCUGCUAUGUAUUAAUGUACAGUAUAGAAGGCAGCCAGUCUGGGGUAGACGGCGGUUAGCUCUCCUCAUGAAUACAGAGGACUCAUAACUAGGAGUCCACUGCAUUAUUUGAUAGCUGCUAUAAGAAUAGGAAGUUGAACUUGUCCCCAUACUAGUCUAUCUUUAAACAGGGUACUAUAAUCUCAUGAAAGAUCUACUUUAAACUUAGUUUUUGCAAGGUACUAUUGUAUUUCUUUCACACAUAGCUAUACUUCCUCUGAAAUGUAUAUAAUUUUUAUUUAAAAAGUUUGUCUUAGACUUUAACAAAUUGUAAAGGGUUGUGCCAAGAUUUGAAGUUAUCCACAGGAUAGGGGGUAACUAACUGUUCAGUGGGGGCCUGACAGCUGGGACCUCCACUGACCCAGAGAACAGGGGCCCCACUCCAUCAUGCUGAUGGUCAAGCAUGCAUCCUGACGCUCCAGUCAUUCUCUGUGGGACUGCUGGAAAUGGCUGAGUGCUGUACUUGCUAUCUCCGGCAGUAUACCAUAGAGAAUAAAUGGAGCUGCAGCAUGCAUGCUCAUCCUGCUGAUGCUCUGAUGGUCUCUGCUGAUCUUUGUUUAUUUUCUUAUAUCGAUAAUGUGCCGUACACCCACAUGACUGCUGCAGCCAAUCUCUGGACCCACUGAUGAUGCUAGCAUCUACAACACCCGUCCACUGAUUGGCAGCAGCGGUCAUGUUGACAUAUGGCCACCAUUGCUGUAGGAAUAUAAACAUAGACCAUCAGGGGCCAAAAGAGCUUUAGCAAUGGAGCAGCAGGGGAUUAGAGAUAAGUAUUUUCCUUACUACUACUGUGGGUUGUUUGAUGCUGGCCAGUCAAUAUAUUCUUGAUUAUUGAUUUUACUCACUA